AGUAUACGUACACCACGGAAAUAGAAACCCACAGUCUACGUUGAAUCGGACAUGUCCGAGAAUAGUAUUUUUGGAACCCCUGCGCGUCCAUACAGCUUAUGCGAUAGGAAUUGAUUCUAAGUAUGAUACUAGGUUCAGACGAGUUAUUUCAAUUAGUGCUGUUUCACAUUUCUAUAAGCACCGUUGAGUUAAAUUUUUUUUUCAAUUUCCUCCUUUUCUAGGUUGUUAGCCAUUUAAAGAAAUUACAUUUGCAAAAUAAAUCUGUUAACGGUCCCUAAGGCACGUACGCCUUUCAGUAAUCAAUCACCACUUAGUCUACCAUAUUCAUACAGAGUAACAUUAUAUAGGUAGGUACACUACAAGAAUCAGAUUUUUGACUAAAUUGCUGUUACCGAUAUGGCUAAUGGUAUAAAGAAACUCGAUGAAUACAAUUUAAUGGUGCUCCGAGAACAACUAUCAUUGCCUGCUAAUAAAUAUUGUUUUGACUGUCACCAAAGAGGACCGACAUAUGUGAAUGUUACCAUAGGCUCAUUUGUCUGUACAUCAUGUUCUGGACUAUUACGAGGCCUUACUCCACCACAUAGAGUGAAAAGCGUAUCAAUGGCAACAUUUAGCACUGAAGAAAUUGACUUUAUUAAAUCUAGAGGAAACGAGAGCUGUGAACGGGUCUGGUUAGGAAUGUACGACUCAAAACAACCUACAAAUGAUGAAAAACAAAUAAAAGAUUUUAUGGUUGCAAAAUAUGAAAAAAAAAUGUAUUAUUCUGAUCAAGUAUCACAAAAACUAACCAAUGGCAUUCAGACAAGACCCUUCGUUACCACUAUUACUACAAAUCAUCAAAAUCCUAGUACUACUACUACACCUGCAAUAAAUAUAUCAUCCUCAAACAAAUUUGAAUUUUUUAAAGAAGAACCUUCAAACCAAAAUCAAUCUCCAAUUCAAACAUCCCAAUCUUUUGCAAAUUUUGAAAAUAACCCAGUAUUUUCUACAUCUUUUGAUACUUCUAAAAAUAUUGACUUAAAUUUUAAGUUUGUUCAACCACUUCAAACUGGAUAUUUUGAUUAUUUGACAUCAAAUCCAAUACAAUUUUCACCAGCAAGAAAACCGAACAACAUAAAUAAUCGAUGGAGUGUUGCUAUUGAAAGUACAAGUCCUAGUACUAGUUGGAAAUCAAAUGGUGCACCAAGUCAAGGACCAACUGAAGACCGUUACGCUGCAUUGAAAGAUCUCGAUUGCUUAAUGAAAUCUCAAGUUCAACAAGAUACUCCUCCCCAAUUAAAUAAUAGUAACAGUUCUGCAUGGAGUUCCGAUGCAUCUUUGAAUGGAACAUGGAGUAGUCAAGUUUCUGAAAAUACACCUCAAAACCCAUUCAAAAAUAGUGUUCAAGAUGAUUGGGCAUCAUCGAAUAAUGUAGUUAAUCCAUUUUCAAAUAACAUAUCAGAUGAUUGGCAGAAUAAUAUCCAAUGGCCAAAUGGUUUAACUUCCAGUCAAUCAAUGGGUUUUAAUGAUGUAACACCUUGGAAUGCUGAUUUCUCAAAUCCAUUUAAAUUUAUAUUUAUAUAGGUUGGAUCAGCGUCUCCAUUAAAUAAACAUUCAAGCAAUCCAUUUUUAUAAGACCAAUUACAUCUCUCAUUAGAGAAAAGCAAAUUAUCUGGUAAAUUGAAAAGGAUCAUCAAUGCAUAACUAUAACAAUGGAUUUAUUAUAUUUUAAUAAGAAUACAAUGUUAUAAAUCUUAACUUGGCAAAAAAUAUAAUUAAACAUAUUUAAUAAUAA